CAUUCACAUACACUCAAGCAGGGCUCACUGUAUUAUCGACAGAUCCGCGUCAGGAGUACAGUCGAGGAGAGCACAUUGGAGUGUCUAAAAGCUUCUUCUGUGAGAGGAAACGAGAGGAAAACGCAGAAAAAAAAGAAACAGAGGAAAUCCCCCGAAAGGAAAUGCCAAUCGCAGCCGCUGGACAGCCAACGACCCAGGAGCCUAGAGUUUGCCCCCGGCUGCCCUCCACCCCGGAGCCUGUCCCUAAAGGGGCUGAUUUAUUCGACGAGGCGGGGGCGGCGGAGUCGGCGGAGCGAACAGAGUACGGGGGCGCGGAGGGGGGCAGAGGACUCGGGGGCUAUAGUUACAGCCAGAGCGGCGCUAGGGGCUUUGUACAGCCCGGAUCCACCAACGGCUCUCCGCCGCAGUCCCCAGCCGCGUCCUCAUCUUUUCUCUUCCACCCCCUUCACCCCCACCAAAUGGCCAUGGAGCCCCCAAGGACUCGAUCGCGCUCUCGGUCUGGAUAUUACCAGCAGUAUGGUGGCGGGAAUGGCACUGGAAUUACUGGCAGCGGAGUCAUGGGAUCUAACCAUCACCACCACCACCAUCAGCAGCAGCAACUGCAUCCACAGCAGCAGCACGGUGCCGGUUGCGCACCACUUGGAGCUCACAGCAACCACUCCGAGAACCAGCAGCGAGCCCCAGGAAGUAACGCCUCUCCCGGCAUUCAGAGGCUUUCUUCGGUUCCCGGAGCGCACCGCAUCCCGGCUGCAGGAGCCUCUGGUGGAUCCUACCACUGCCACCCAGACCAUGCAUAUGGAGAGGAGAGUGAUAAGAGUGAGGAAAGCCCCAGUCCAAAGCGCCAGAGGCUGUCCAGUCAGUCCGUCUUGGAACAACUAACCUCAUCCGCCCCCCCACCAUCCACCCCAUCUCCCCCCAUCCGCCCCUGGGAGUCAGGACCCCCAAGUCGAAGGCAACCUCACCCCCACACACACUACCACCAGGAGAGAUGCCUCACUCCUGCUCGGCACAGACGCAGCCCUCCAGCAAGGCGUCAGCGCGGCCGUCUCUCCAGACCUACCCGCCACUUGCCUCCACAUCACCACCCCUCCACUCAAGGUCCUGCACCUCGCCUGUCGCCAUCAGAGCUCCAGGAUGAAAACUUCCACCACAACCCCCAUCCCUCCACACACCAGACAUAUCCAACACACACGCCCAGCACCUAUGGUCAGCCCCCCACAGCUGGUGGUGGUGGGGCAGGUGCAGAGGAGCCCCGAGCUUUCCACCCCCCUACCUUGUCGCCACGGCUACUGCAUCCGGCUGCUCACCACCACCAUCACCUCCAUCAUCAGCAACAGCAUCAUGCGGCGCAACAGCAGCAAGGAGCCAUGGUCAUGGACUUGCAUGAACAGCUGCAGCAGGCCAGUGUACCAGUAUCCUACACAGUGACCCCAGUCCCUCCUCACGGUCUUGCAGCACCUUUGUGUAGUGGUCAACACCUUCCCCCUACCUGCUCCUCACAACAGCAGGUCCCCACCUGCAGUGUGGUCUUCAGCACUGGACAACACUACCACCCGAUGCUGCAGGCAUGUUCAAUGCAACAUUUGCCAGUGCCCUAUGCCUUCCCCUCACUGCUGUCCAGUGACCCUCAGUUCCUGCUUCCUCCUCCACCUCACAUUUCUCACCACCCGCCCCACCUCCCCACACCCGGACAGUUCCUGCCUUUCCAGACACAACAGCCUCGAUCGCCGUUACAGACGAUCGAAAAUGAGGUUGAGCUUCUGGGAGAGCAGAUUUCAGUGGGUGGGGGCUUCAGCUACGCUCACCACCACCACCAUCACCAUCACCACCAGCCUCCCUCCACCCUGCCGCCCUCCACGCCACUCCAGUUCCUCUCACACCAUGACCCCCUGUCGCAGGAGCUCUUCACAGUGCCCUAUCCCCACUUUAUGCCUCGCCGAUUCACAAGCCGGCGUUACCGCUCUCAGCAGGCUGUUUCCCCAUCACCCUACCACCCCAGCUUCCUGCCUUACUUCCUGUCCAUGCUUCCUGUGCCCCCGAAUGUGGCCCCCACCAUCAGUCUAGAGCUGGACGUGGAUGACGGAGAGGUGGAGAACUAUGAGGCCCUGUUGAACCUCGCAGAGCGUCUAGGAGAGGCCAAGCCCCGUGGUCUAACUAAGGCGGACAUAGAACAACUUCCAUCUUACAGGUUCAACCCCAACAACCAUCAGUCUGAGCAAACACUGUGUGUGGUAUGCAUGUGUGACUUUGAGUCUCGCCAGCUCCUAAGGGUCCUGCCCUGUAAUCACGAGUUCCACGCCAAAUGUGUAGACAAGUGGCUUAAGGCUAACCGGACCUGUCCUAUCUGUCGAGCCGAUGCCUCUGAGGUCCAGCGGGACUCUGAGUGACCUCUGACUCGUAUCGACACCCAACACCCACACUCCCUUCCUCCCACUGACUCCCUUUUGAAUGCACAAACCAAUCAGUGAAUUUAUCUCUUUUCUAUAACACCAUCACUCACAAAUUCUGCCACUUAACUGGGACCAGUGCUCCUUAAUCCUUCACUCUUUACCCUCCAGGACAGUGAACAGUAAUUCUCUCCUGGGAUCAGCAUUUAGGGGUGUGGAAACUUCCUACUGACUCGAGCUCACUUAAUUGCUGGACUUCCUAGGCCUUCUGUUUUGGACUACUAUUUUGCCUUCUGCUCAUGGUUCCUGCUUUCUAUGAAUGGCCUUUGAAACAAUGCAGGUGGACAUAUAUAUGUGUAUUUUUUAAAACUCAUUAUGAACCCUUCCAAACUGAUGUGACCUGAUCAGUCUUUUACGGAUGGACAGAGAAAAGACUGCUUUGAAAAACUUCUGUAUAGUUGAACUAACAAAUCCUGAGGGAGAAUUGGCAGUCCAAAGAUUAUUUAAAUUUCAUUGUUAUUAGUCUGGUUAUAAUUAAGCAUUCAAAUCAUGAAUUGCAGAGACUGUCAUUUCUGCCAGAGUCAUUAUAAUUACAGUUGAACCUAAUCAGUCCAUGUGUAUCCUUGCAUUCCUUAACGUGAGCGCAGUCUGUGUGGGGUGAAACAAAGAUGCUGUACACUGUGUCAAAGAGCGAGCUACUUUGGAACGGUAAAAAAAUAUGCUUUAUUUUCUCUAGAUGCGUAUGUGUGUGCACGUCUGUGUGUGUGUGUGUGUGUGUGUGUGUGUGUGUGUGUGUGUGUGUGUGUGUGUGUGGGUGUUACUCUUCCUGUGGUAUUUAUACAGUUCUUGUGGCACAAUUCAUUCACUAAAUCCCAAAUUCUGUUUUUUUUCCCACUUAACUUCAAACUGAUUCAAACUUUGUUGCCAAGCUUAGGACCAGGAACUCCUCCAGGGAAGUUCACAGUGCUGUGUCAUGUUUCUUUGUGUUUAUGCCACACAUCAUUAACAUAAUCUAAAACCUUGGCUCCAUCACUCCAUCCCUGCCCAUCUGACAUUGUUCUUGUCUGAAAGGAGUAAAGUCUGAAGGCUUUCGAGAUACUUUUUUUUGUCAUACAGUAUUUCCUAGUCAUAAUGAAACAAAUCAGGACUAUUAGUCUCUGUGUCAUCAUAUCCACUCAGCUCUCCUGUAAGAUAGAUAGAUCUUACAGAGCUGACCAGGUGGAUGCAAAACAUUCAUCAAAAACAUCUCCAAAACUGUCCUUCAUGCUCAGUUUACUAGCUUUCUUAUAGGAAUAAGGCCUUUGAGGACAUGUGUCUGUAUCCGUCUUGGUACACAAGCAGCUUUCUGUGUGUGUUGGCAGAUGCAGACGCAGUGUUUUCUCCAUCACUGACAGGGAACAAGUUUAAAGAGACUUAUAAGGUCACAGCUAAAUCUACUGUUUCACCAGACGCCGGAUCUGACACUUCAGCACUUUAAUACAUAGAUUUUCUCUCUUUUCAUUGUGAACAAACCACUGAUCAGUUUUCAGUUAGUGUGUGUAUGUGAACAAACAUUUGAAUGCAUUAAAAACAUACAUCUCCACUCCUAGCUUCUAGUACCUACAGUACCCCAAUGUGUCAACGCUUUUAUUUCCUCAUGUCCAGAGGUUUUUUUUUUUUGGAUUUGUUUCUUAAUGAUGCUUUUUUUGAAUCUCUGUAAGGCCUAUGUCAGCAUGUCAUAAUGUAACUCCAAGAUGUUCACCUCAUGCACAGAGCAGGCUUACUCAUGUAAUUUAUCACUAUUUAUCACAAAUGGCAUGUUGCGUCAAGAUGACAGCCUAACAUAGGACUUAGAGAGAUUGUGUUGACAAAAGGUUGGUUUGGAAAGUUCAGCCAGGCACCUGCAGUCUUACAUCUGGGAUGCCUUUUUUUUUUUUUUUUUUAACUUCAUUUCCCAGGUAGAACUUGUAUCUACCUAGUGUCACCACAUCAGACCAAUACAUUUGUUUAAACCUAUUUUAAAUGCAAACCAAGUGUAUCAGUGUCCAGGAAGAACGCUUUUUAAAAAAAAAAUAAAACUCCUCUUCAGUGUUGUCAGUGUAUAAAGUCAUGUAAUAUCCAUGGGAAUGUUGGGAAAUUAUAUUUUCUGUCAUCUUAUUUUUUUUCCUUUGGGGUCAAAAGUCAUAUUUGUGACUGUAUGCAUCCAUUUUGUGUCUUAGGAUUGUUUUUGUGUUGGACAGUUUUCUGUUGCUUGGUACACUAGCAAUUACCUCAGUCCCACUAUUUAUGUCUUUUCAGAAAAUGGUGCAACCAGUAUGAUUAGUGCUUAUCGAGUCAUUUUGCUAAUGUUUUCCAUGCAAGUUGUUGGGUUGUUUGAAUAUUUUUCCUUUUAAACUCUAUGAAACUCUAUCAUUAAAAUGGUGUCAUAGUAGUUUCAUCAUGUAUUAUAUCUGUAACCAAAAUCAUUUGAAGGCCUGUUAUGAUAAUGAAAUUUUUAACAAACAUUUGUACAUUUUGUAUGAGAGUUAUUACUAGUAAUACUUUAUUAAGUAGUGCAAUGAUUUUUUUAAUCCCUUACCCCAUCUUUUGGAUUUCAAAAGCUGGUUCAAUAAUAAAUGUAUA